AUGCUAUUUAAGUACUCUCUCAUUGCCUCUGUUGUUACUCUCUUUGGCAAACUCGCAACUGCAGAUUCUGAAACUGGUGCUUGCCAAGCAACUCUCGGUUCCCCUGUAAAUGGGUUCCAGGCUACAUUUUUCAAUUACAUUUAUCCAGAUUAUGCUAUUGAAUAUAGUGAUGAAGAAUAUGUUACCUAUGGUUAUAAUGACGAAGAUCAUUUCAUCACUACUUUGACUGGGGUAACAGAUGUUAAUUUUUAUCACUUUUACAAUCUUAACCAAAAUGGGCCAACAUGGGGAGAAAUUAAUGGUCUUAAUAUCACAAUAUCUAAUUUUACUGUUGAAUAUAGCGGUUGGUUUACACCAAUCGAAACUGGUGAAUAUGUCUUUACCAUUGGUCAAACAGAUGAUGCAACCAGGAUUGAAAUCAUGGAAGAUAGUUCUUACUAUUGUUGUAGCGCUGCUACAACUAAUAGUACAGUUAUUGAGAGCUACCAGAUUUACGACAAUACAACAAUACAUGAACAAAGUGUUUACUUACAAUCAGAAGUUUCCUACCCAAUAAAGAUCGUUUAUUUUAAUAAGGAUAAGGUUGCUGUUCAAACAGUCAAUUUCACUGACCCUUCUGGUAUUGUACAUAAUAGUUUUGAAGGCUAUGUGCAAUAUUUUAAUGAUAUUGUUUGUGAUGAGACACCUAUUCAAACAUCAACCUCAGAAUUACCUGAAAGUAGUGCAACUAUAUCCUCUGAUAUAAAGCUUUCUUCCAGUGUACUUUCAACCCAUUCCGGCUUAGUUUCAAGUUCAACAAUGACAUCCACAUCGUCUCCUUCAUCUUCCUUAUUUUCUUCUCCAUCAAUCUUUUCUUCCUCUUCAAGCUCUACAGUCUCAUUACCAAGCCAAAGCUGUACAGAUGAAACCUGUAUUACUAGCAGUGUAUCAGACUUGAAAAGUGAAGGUUUUACUAAAAUCAUCACAGCUUCUGCCCUAGUGACUACUGUUCAAGAGACAAAAUCAUGCCCUUUUGAAGCUUCUUCAGGGACUGUAAUUUCUGAAAUGAAAACUCAAAGUCAACCAAUCGCGACGACGGUAACAUCUAUCAAAGCUACUACUUCAAUUUUCACAAAGUAUGAAUCUUGUAGCAGUGCUGAAGCUAAUUCUACUGACAGCUCAUACUCUGGCACUAAAACCACUGUUCUUUCUUUAAGCUCAUCUACCGGCGACAAUUCAGAUAGUAAUGUAUUGUUUUCCAACACUAGCACAUCUUCUACCAUCCAAGAAAUACGUAACAGCUUUAUGAGUCAAAGUACUUCUACCUUGCUGUACUCAAGUACCACUAUGGCCAACAAUAUAACUACCGCUUCUGUAGUUCAGGCCACCACUAAUGGCGCUUCAAGUUACACAAUGAAUUGUUUUUCGUUAUUAACCGCUGGGUUCUUAUUAGUACAAUUUUUAUAA